AUGUCCUUCUCCACACUAGUGGCAACCUCCGCGGCGGAAUUCAACUUUUGGGAUUACAUCAACGAGCAGCCGGCUCUACAGGGUUGCAUUAUAUACUUCACCAUCCCACUGGUGCUCGUCUUGAUCAAUGCCAUAAGAAUCGAGAUCUAUGGUUGGAUGGAAGUGGCAACAGGCACCAUAAAAAUACUUUUUCUUGGUUUUAUUAUCGUGACAUUGAUUGCAAUUAACCUUGGAGCUGGGCCAGAUACUCGCCCCUUGGGCGCUAAGUAUUGGGCUUCGCCUACCGACUUUGAUAAACGGGCUGCCGAUAACUGGGGCUCUGCUUUACUGAUGAGCAUUUCAAUAGCGACAUUUGCCUACACCGGAGUCGAAGUUGUUGCUGCCUCUGCUUUGGAGGCAAAAUGGCCACAUCGCGCAGACGAAACGUCGACACCCUCAAGUAUAUCUACACGGUCUAACGACGCCCAAAUGGGGAAAUCAUUCAAGUUUUCCGCUAGAUUCAUUCCUUUGCUUGCAAUGAUUGGCUAUACCACCAGUGGGCUGGUUGCAACAUUUGAUAUAGGGCGAACUGACUGCGCUCUCCCUCGUCUCAGCUGGCUUUCAUUGGAUAUAGAGGCCGGGUGCGAAAAGCCUUCAAACAGUGCUGCAUUCGUUGCAAUUGCCGCAAUGUCCAAUAUUCCGCACUUGGCAGACGUCUUCAAUGCUUUCCUCGUGUUCACAUGUCUCUCUUGUGCUACUACUAAUCUGUAUGUCGCUUCUCGCACCUUAUUUGGCUUAACAAGUCGCCUGAAUGGAGGCGAAGGUCAGAUAUGGUAUCUCCGUGUCUUUGCGUGGUUUGGGAAAACAGAUAAACGACAGGUUCCCCUGCGAGCUAUGAUAUUCUCCGCGGUUGCAUUCUGGUGGGUACCAUUCCUGCAACUGAUCCGCGGAAAUAGAAACAGCCAAUCCUCGGGGAAUACAACCAAAUCCGCCUUGAAAGAAACUCGAGCCUCUGUGGAUAUGUUUGUGGAGGUAUUGAGCCAAAUGGCAUACUCUGCGGUUUUGAUUGUCUGGGCGUGCGAGUGUCUGGCGUUCAUUCGCUUUUACCAUUGUAUUCGUCGGCAUCAUCAUUAUCUCAAACGCGAAAAUGUUCCCCACGUCCAGCGCUGGAACGAGGAGGACCUUGAUGACUAUCCAUACCGAAGCCAUUUGCAGCCAUUUACAGCAUAUCUAGCCUUGUUGGGUUGUAUCUUUGUCUCAUUAGUCGCAAACGGGGCAGCAUUGUGGAAUGGGUUCCACCUUCUACCAUUCUUAGCAUCAUACCUGGCGGAUUUUAUUGAACAGGUUAUCGUCUUCGUGGGUCUAUGGGUAUUGUUGAAGAUUAUGCGGGGCGCGAAGUGGUCUCUGGUUGAUCUCUCACAGCCGGAAAAGGCUAAAAAAAUAUUCUCGCAUCUACAUGACAUCCGACUGAGUGUGACGCAGCCUAAUGAACCUAAACAUCGUCUUUGA